CAUGGUGCAUCUCGCAGGGCGGAGGAGAGGGCUUCCUUGUCAAGAUGGCGGCUCCCUUGACUCUACUUGUGAUUGUGGCUGUUACGGUCCGAGCAGCGCUGUACAGAUCCAGUUUAGCGGCCUUAAUAUCGGAGAGAGUGGAGGUGGUGUCCCCGCUGACCGCCUGGAAGAGAGUUGUUGAAGGCCUGGCUCUGCUGGACUUGGGCGUCUCCCCGUACUCUGGAGAUGUUUUCCAUGAGACUCCUCUCAUCAUUUACUGCUUUCACUUUUUGGUGGACUAUGCGGAGAUAACAUUUAUGUUGGCGGAUGUGAUCACUGCUGUGGCUCUUUACCUGGCCGUGAAGGACUACAACAAACAAGUGUUCAGAAAGCAGAAAUAUGCCCUGGAGGCAGACCGCUACCCUCUGGACUGCCUGGAGCUCAUCAGGAGCCCCAAAGAAAUGUACUACAUCCCUCUGAAAGUAGCCAUGUUUUACCUGUUGAAUCCGUUCACCAUCCUGUCCUGCGUCGCCAAGUCUACCUGUGGCCUGAACAACGCCGUCAUCGCCCUCUUCAUCCUCUCUACAAUCAAAGGAAAUGUUUUGCUGAGCGCCGUGUUUCUGUCCUUGGCCACGUACCAGUCCAUCUACCCUCUGACUCUGUGUGCUGCCGCGCUGCUCUAUUUGAUGCAGCGUCAGUACAUCCCGGUGAACUACCGGCGGGCCAGCUUCUGGUGGUUCCUAGCCCAGUAUGGCUUCAUGUACCUGGGCAGCCUGUUCGUCAUCGUCUGCCUCUCCUUCUUCCUGCUCGGCUCCUGGGACUACCUGCCCUCUGUCUACGGAUUCAUUCUCUCCGUACCAGACCUGACCCCGAACAUUGGCCUCUUCUGGUAUUUCUUCGCCGAGAUGUUUGAACACUUCCGCCUCUUCUUCCUCUGCGUCUUCCAGAUCAACGUCUUCUUCUACACCGUCCCCCUGUCCAUCAAACUCAAAGACCAUCCAGUGUUUCUGAUCUUCAUGCAGUUAGCUGUGAUCUCCAUCUUUAAGUCCUACCCCACUGUUGGAGACAUCGCUCUCUACCUGGCCUUCCUUCCUGUCUGGAGUCACCUGCACAGAUUCUUGAGGAACAUCUUCUUGGUGUCCUGCGUCCUGCUCGCCUGCUCCGCUCUGUUUCCGGUCCUCUGGCACCUCUGGAUCUACGCCGGCAGCGCCAACUCCAACUUCUACUACGCCAUCACACUGCUGUUCAACGUGGCCCAGAUUCUGCUGGUGUCGGAUUAUUUCUACGCCUUCUUGAGGAGAGAACAUCAUCUCACCUACGGAUUGUAUCUGAAGAGAAAAGACGGCUCAGAGGCUACACUCGUUUUAACUUAAACACACACACCACACACACACACACACACACACACACACACACACACACACACACACACACACACACACACACACACACCACAAUCACCCAACGGCUGGCAGACUCUACAAGGAAAAGAGAGACUGCUCGAGGUCUCACUUCACCUCAAAGGGAACAAACACAAAGUGAGGAGGACGAAGACUCCGAGCCAUACUGGUCCUCAGACAGGACAUACUGGUCCUCAGACAGGACAUACUGGUCCUCAGACAGGACAUACUGGUCCUCAGACAGGACAUACUGGUCCUCAGAUAGGACAUUACCACACAUCAGUAAGUGUUUCUGGUACUACUUGAUAUACAAAGAAGUCCCAACAUACUACAUGACAGACACAUGCUGACACGGGAUGUAGAAAUUUAUUUUUUUUAUUUUUUUAUUUGGAAGUCUUAUUGGAAAAUGUGGGAAGCUCGCUCUGAUUUGAGAAUUCCUGAAAUCCAGCCCUCCCACACACAUUAAUCUGUGUUUUUCAUGUUUACCUGAACACGUUUGUGUUCAAACUGGUUUCCUGUGAAGCCUCUGUUUUCUACCGGCUCUCCUACAGUCCCCCUGUCUUUACCCAUCAGUCUGUCUUAGUGCUGCAGCUCAUCUCAAGUGAACCAGUCAAGCCAAUAUGAACCUCAUCAUGGUACAUAAACACUUUCUGGGACUGAUAGCUUCAGCUCCCUGAACGCAGAGAUAUUUGAGAUAUUUGAGAUAUUUGAGAUAUUGAUCACUAACUCCACACAAGCCCCAGAGAGAUGGUCUGACAAAGACGAGAACUGAAGUACUGAAGAGUUAAAGAGGUCCUGCUGUCCCUUUGGGUUUUUCUCCAUGUAAGUUUCUACAAAGGAAGCGAUUGUUGCCACUGAAUGGAUUUCUGCAUGUAUAAUAAGUUAAUUAAAGAAGUUCUUGUUAAACUUUUAAAAGGAAUCAUUAGCUAAACACAUACCCGAUGAACUGUCGAACUUGAGACUCAUUUAAAGGAAUAGUUCAGAACAUUUUGUACAAAACUGCAUUCUGACUUUUUGUUUAAGCUUAAUUUUGUCACUUUCCAGUGUGAGCACACAUGGUGCUGUGUGUUGUGUGUAGUGGGAUUUGGAAACACCUCCACAAUCUGUCCCCCUCUUUCCAUUUGACAACAUAUUUCCUUAAUCUGGAAGCCAAAAAGCAAAUUAGUAAUUAUGGAAUACAUGCAAACAAAACAUUCUGCCUUUAAUACACAGACAUACACCUCUUUAAAACCUGUCUUGGAAGGAUUUCAUUCCCAUCUAUAAAGUAAGCCUUACCGCCUCAGAGAUGUAGGAACACUGAUGUAGAGCCACAUUUUAUUUGAAGUCCACAGAUGAAUGUUUUUCUUUAAUGAUUGUGAAAAUAAUGAUAGAAGUAACAAAUUUCACGCAAUGUAGACCCGCUGAAAUCAUUCCUACAUCAGCGGCUAAAUAUGGACAAAAACCUCUUAUUAUUAAUAAAAAGUUCAUGGUACCAGUAUUAAUGUAAACUGGUUUUCAUGUGAAAUGCCCAUAAAGAUUCAUCUUACUGUACAAUGACAUAAAUAUUAACUGAACCAUUGAACAGAAACAUGUUCAGAUCUCUGUUCUAGCUGAAGGAGCCGUUUUAAUACCGAUAAGGGAAAAUAAAGGACGUUGUCAGUUAUUUAUUUGCUGCACCAAAAACCUUUCUGUUUUUUUUUAUUGUUUUUAUUUCAAAAAAAUUAGGAGCUCUUCGGUUGUUUUGAUACUGUGUAUAUAUAUAAUUAUAUCUAUUAAUGUGUUUUGUUUUGUUACAGCUAAUAAAAUGCAAGGUUUGAAAGGGGUGAUGUUAUAGUUGAUGAAUGAGUGAACAUGUAAAAAUAAUGAUUAUUAAACUGGAGGUGUUGGUUUUA